GACAACACGUGCGGGCAUUCAACGUGUUUAUUCCCAGUUGAUAUUCGUUUCCCUGCGAUUUCAGCUUGAGUAAGAAAUUGUCUAACUAAAUAAGUUAAAUAAGUAUGGAGAGUGAGCAGCCAACGGCUGUAAAGGCUUCAGCUCCAAUUGAAGAGCCGCAAACCACCGAAACAGCUGUUGAAUUGGGGAAACAUAGCGCCUUGGAAGCAGACUUAUCAACAGAUAAGGUGCAAUCAGCGACUACAGAAACUACGAAUGCAGUAGAAGAACCAAUAGAAAUGGAGCAGAAGGUGGAGAAUGAACUGGUAAAUGAGUCAACACAAGCCAUAACAUCGACCACAACCCAGGAAAAGGCUGCGGAUUCAGUGAAUAAUCUUGCACAGGAGCAACAGGGUAUGGGAAUGGAGUGCGAAUCUUCAUCAAAUCUCGUUGUCCAGGGAAGUCCCGGAAAAAAGCAAGAUCCCCCUCAGGAAAUGGAUUGUGAAACGUCUGGCCAAUCGGAAGCAACUCCUUUAACAUCGGAUGAAUCCAAAAAAGUUGCACCUCAAGUUCAGCCCGCUCCAGAGGUUAAUUCAAGUCCUCAAGCAAGUGGGCUCAGUCUGUUGGCUGCCUACAGCUCUGAUGACUCCGAUGAGGAGAAAGUGCAGAACGGCGACAACGAUGUGAUUAAAGUUCCAGUUACUGACCCCGCCUCCUCCACCACCGCAUAUCGUCCAGUUGUAGCUGUUAGCUCGGACGACGAGAGCUCAAAGAGCAGCAGCAGCAGUGACUCAGACUCCGAUUCCGAAGGAGAAUACCUCACCGUACUUCGCAAGAAGAUUGACAAAAGGAUCAACACCGUGGAUUGCGAUGAGGAUGACGAGGACUUCGAUGAAGAUGGUGCUGCAGGAGAUCGGUCUCGUCGUCGCCAGCCCCCGAAAGUACGAGGAGAAAUGCUCCUUGAUGACCUUCCACCCAUCCACCAGCUAGAGAUUACUGUACCCGAGGAUGAAUGCGUUGAACUGGGCAAGGUUCAGUCCAUCGUCGAUCAGCUUGUUUUGGUUUCCGUGCUGCCGAAUUCCAUGCUAUUCGAUCUCGACACCGUUUUGUUCCUGGAGAAGGGUCGCAAGGUCCUGGGCGAAGUGUUCGAUGUGUUGGGUCAAGUGUCGGAUCCACUGUACUGCGUUCGAUUCAACAGUAACCAACAGAUCCUCGAUAGGGGCAUCAAAAUUGGCGACGUAGUGUACUGCGCUCCCAAAACCGAAUACACUCAAUUUGUGAUCCUCUCCAAGCUGAUGCAAGUUCGAGGAUCGGAUGCUUCGUGGGAGCACGAUGUAGAACCACCAGCCCGCUACGUAGAUCACUCGGAUGAUGAAGAGGAAAGAGAAGCCAGGGCAGAGCAGCGAAAGCGCCGCCAAAGGGAUCGCACAAACUCUACAGAUUCCGUGGACACGGUAACCUCGGUGGCCACGACAGCCACUCAGGCUUCUUCAGUGGUUCCUCCUCCUCGUCAGCGCGGACGUCGUGGGCAACGAGAGAGUUUCCGCCAGAGCCAGCGACCCUCCAUUAACCAGAACAACCAAAAUCAGCCACGGGACGAACAGUACAACUACCAUCCAAGCUACAAUCCGGGCAGCUGGCACUCCAACUACUACCAAAACUAUCACCAGGCAGCGGCUAACUUUAACAUGGCUCAGCAACAUCCUGGCAUGCCCUUCCCAGUGCCCAACUAUGGCUACGGAAUGCCCUACGCCAUGCCGCCGCCCAUGUACCCACACAUGUACCCGCCACCACCACCCUUUGCUCCUCCUCCGCCGAACAACCAGUCACAUCAGGGUCAGCCGCCACCCAGCUAGAGAUAGGUAUGACAAUUGACAGUGAAUUACUUUUAUUAUUCCAAUAAAAAAUCUUAAUCAA